UAUCCAAAAAACAUCUAAACUAAGUAGAUAGCUAGCGAUGGGGCUCCUCCAUGUACCAUCAUCUAGGCUCACAGUAACGCUAAUUAUUGUGUUAAUUGUCUUAGUGACAAGUCAAAAUGGUGAGUGUAAGAGACACAACUUGUUGAGUGUCGAAAUUAAUGGGUCUGAUGACGAUUUUCGUCAUCUUCCUAGUCGUCUUAAGCCUUCUGAUGACAAUGAUCGUCCUAACUCUCCACCAAAAUCGCCUCCUUCCAAUGAUGAUCCUAACCCUCCGCCACAGUCGCCCCCUUCGAAUAAUGAUCCUAAUCCUCCACCACGACCACCCCCUUCUAAUGAUCCUCCUAACCGUCCACCACGACCUCCCCCUUCCAAUGAUCCUCCUAACCCUCCACCACAACCUCCACCUUCCAAUGAUCCCCCUAACCCUCCAUCACAACCGCCACCUUCCAAUGAUCCCCCCAACCCUCCAUCACAACCGCCACCUUCCAAUGAUCCCCCCAACCCUCCAUCACAACCGCCACCUUCCAAUGAUCCCCCCAACCCUCCAUCACAACCGCCACCUUCCAAUGAUCCCCCCAACCCUCCAUCACAACCGCCACCUUCCAAUGAUCCCCCCAACCCUCCAUCACAACCGCCACCUUCCAAUGAUCCCCCCAACCCUCCAUCACAACCGCCACCUUCCAAUGAUCCCCCUAACCCUCCACCACAGCCUCCGCCUUCCAAUGAUCCUCCUAACCCUCCGCCACAAUCCAAUAAUCCUCCUAACCCUCCAUUACAGUCUCCUUCCAAUGAUCCCCCUACUACCUCAUUUCCUCCACUUUCGUCGCCUCCAUCUCCUGUAGCCCUUCCUCCUCUUUCGUCGCCUCCUUCUCCUUCUCCCACUCCCCAACUUUCUCCUACUGUUACUCCUUCAGAAGCACCAUCUCCUGCAAUAUAUCCUCCUCUAUUGUCACCUCCUCCUCCCGUGGUUGCUCCUUAUCCUCCAUUGGGUGUUCCUCCUUCUCCAGUACUUUCUCCACCUUCACCGUCUCUUCCAUUAGUUGUUCCUCAUCCUUCAAUGUUCUCCACACCUCCGUCUCUUUCACAACCUUCUCCAUCUCCUCCAAUCUUUUCUCCAUCUCUGCCACUUUCAAAACCUUCCCCAACUCCUCCUUCUAGACCAUCUUCCCCUAACCCUCACUCUUGGCCUCCUAUUUCCGACACUCCUAAAUUGCAAGUUGGUUUCUAUCAAGGGAAAUGCUUUAAUAAGACCACGGAUGUCGAAGCACACAUUUCAUAUAUAGUCGAACAACAAUUUCUCAAUGAUACUUCUAUCCUUCCUGCCCUGCUCCGUUUGCAAUUUCAUGAUUGCUUUGUCCACGGAUGUGAUGCAUCAAUCCUAAUAGAAGGAGAUUCAACUGAAAGAACCGCGGGUCCAAAUCUCAGUGUAAGAGGAUAUGAACUUAUCGACGCCUUAAAGGUUGCUAUUGAGGAAGAAUGCCCCGGAAUUGUCUCUUGUGCGGAUAUCGUAGCAAUAGCUACUAGCGUCGUUAUAAAAUUGGGAGGAGGACCAGAUUAUCCAGCACAAACCGGAAGAAGAGAUGGACUAGUCUCAAAAGCUGAAGAUGUGGAUCUUCCUAGUCCUACCUUGACAGUGCCCGAAACAAUUGCUGUUUUCCAAGCAAAAAAUUUCACACCUGAAGAAAUGGUUGUUCUUUUAGGUUGUCAUACGGUUGGAAUUGCACAUUGUGAAACCUUCCAGGAUCGCCUAUACCCCGAUACUAACCAAUUUGACCCAAGCAUGGACCCAAACCUUCGUGAACAACUGAAGAUAACAUGCCCCCAGGGCGGAACCUCAAACAACUUCACCCUCCUUAAUCAAAACCCACAAUUUUCUAACAAAGUUGACAAUACUUUCUACACUCAGAUCUUGGAGCAAAGAGGAAUCCUUUCAAUCGACCAAGCAUUGGCCAAUGAUCCUUUAACACAUGAUGCAGUUGUAAGACUGUCCCUAAAUGCCACUUUAUUCAAUGUUACUCUUGCAAAUGCUAUGGUUAAGCUACAAGCAGUUGAUGUCCUCACUGGUGAUCAAGGAGAGAUUAGAAAUGUUUGUAGUAAAUUCAAUUGAAAUCGAUCGAGAUCGAGAUCGAGAUCGAGAUCGAGAUAGCUAAGCUUAGUUUUCUCAUUGAUUUUUCCUUAAAGUAAUAUCUUUAAAAAGGAGAAUUUCACCAUUUACCAUAUGUUGUGGCUAUGUUUUAAUUUAUUUGGUGCCAAUGAGGUAUGAUAGCAAUAUAAAUUACAAAUGAAAGAAGGGGAUUCUAACUUGAGAUCUAUCCUACAAAAUUAUUUGUUUUAACCAUUAAGCCAAUUAAUAUCUCAUUGGUAUAAUGCAAAUUAAGGCUCGAUCUGUUUGGUAAUACUGACUGAAAUCAAGGUGAAACUGAUAAAUUACCUGAAAUUGGAAAGGAGGUGACUUAAACUGAUAAGACGCUGAAAAUGAUAAGGUAAUUAAUUGCAUAAUUGUUUGGUUAAACUGAUUAUUUAAGCUUUUUUUUUUAAUUUUUUUUUUAGUUGAUACGGAGUACUUUUAUAUUUUCAUAUUAGUUAUUUUUUCAUUUGAUUAAUGAGUAAAUAG